UUUUGGUUUCCAGAAAAGAAGCAGCAACAGCAGCACCGCAACCGAUGGAACCGAGGUGGACAUCCCCCCAUCAAGAAUCGCGAUGCCUCAGUCACCGUGCGGCCAGGAUGGAAGGUUAUCGAGGAAAUGGACUUCCCUCGCCUCUCCAAGCUCUCCCUGCCCAAUGUGGAUGACCCUAAGGACCUGUAUCUUUGUGGCUCCCUAGAAUGCUACGACAAGACAUAUGACCGAGUGACUGUCAAGAACGAGAAGAAGUUGACUCGCAUUAACCGCAUCUUCCAUAAGGUCACAACAACAGAUGACCCAGUCAUCCGUCAGCUGACCAAGACUGAGAACUGCAAUGUGUAUGCCACUGAUGCCAUCCUUUCCACCAUAAUGUGUUGCACAAGAUCCAGUAACUCAUGGGACGUUGUUGUGCAGAAAAUCGCCGGCAAGCUCUUUUUUGAUAAGCGAGAUGACUCUGAAUUUGAUCUGUUAACGGUCAGUGAGACCUCCAGUGAACCCCCUCAGGAGGAAGGAAACUCCCUCAACUCCCCACGAAACCUCUCCCUGGAAGCCACCUUCAUCAACCAUAAUUUCUCGCAGCAGGUUCUGAGGAAUGAUGGAAACAGAUACAAGUUCGAACACGAGAACCCCUUCUUAGACGAGGAUGAGGAGGAUGAGGUAGCCCCUGUGGGAUACCGCUACAGGAAGUGGAACCUGGGCAAUGACAUUAGCCUGGUGGCGCGCACAGAGCAUGACUCAUUCCAGGGUGGUGGAAAUGAUGUGCAGUUCAUCAAUAUCAAGGCAUUGAAUGAAUGGGACUCCAAGUACUCAGGAGGAGUAGACUGGCGUCAGAAAUUGGACACUCAGCGUGGUGCUGUGUUAGCCAAUGAGCUGAAGAAUAAUGCCUGUAAGCUAGCAAAAUGGACUGUGCAGGCUAUCUUGGCAGGCUCUGACCAGAUCAAGUUCGGCUAUGUGUCUCGUGUGAAUGUGCGUGACUCAACCAAGCACAUGAUCCUGGGAACGCAGCAGUUCAAGCCCAUGGAGUUCGCCAACCAGAUUAACCUCAACAUGGAUAACGCAUGGGGUAUUUUGCGCUGCAUCAUUGACAUGUGCAUGAAACUGCCUGAUGGGAAGUACCUCAUCAUGAAGGAUCCUAAUAAGGCCAUGAUUCGUCUCUACACAAUCCCAGACAACACCUUCGAGUCCGACGAAGAAGGAAAAUGAGAAACAAGGUGACGG